AUGUUAGUUGAAGGCGGUCGCCGCGACGCGCGCCACAGUCACGUGGAGCAGUCGCCGCCCGCCCUCGCCGCGGCGCGCCGCAGCACGCACUCGCCGGGCGCCUACACGCGCGACUCUCACAGCGCCGGCGCCUCCAGCAGCGACGCCUGCUCCUGCAAUGCCCGCUCUGUACUGCGCCGCGCGCCGCACGCUGCCCCGCGGUGCGUGUGCUGCUCGGGGCUGUGUCUCGGUCAGUGUUGC